AUGGGUAUUUUAACAAGAGUUUGUUGUAGAAGUGGUUUGCUAAAAAACAUAGGGCUAGGCACCACAAGAUUGUCCGUGAGAGGGUACGAAAUGCCUGCUCACUUGAAGGAGGUGGGUACGGCCGAAGACCCCAGUUUCUACAAGAUGGUGGAGUAUUACUAUCACAACGCCGUCUGUGUGUGUGAGCCUGCCUUAAUCGAGUAUCUGAAGAAGCACACCCACUUGUCUGACAAGAAGCAGCAGCAAAGAGUCGCCGGGAUUUUGAAGGUGAUGGGAUCCUGCAACAGCUCGAUUCAGUUCGAGUUUCCCCUGCGACGUAAGAACGGUGACUACGAGAUAAUUAGCGCUUACCGCUCGCAACACAGCGUCCACCGGCUACCUUGCAAAGGGGGGAUCAGAUAUUCGACUCAAGUGGACCUGGGCGAGGUGAGAGCUUUGGCCGCGCUGAUGACGUACAAGUGUGCCUGCACCAACGUGCCUUUUGGAGGAGCCAAAGGAGGUGUAGCAAUUGAUCCAAAGACAUAUACAGUGGCAGAGCUGCAGAGAAUCACACGACGUUACACUUUGGAACUUGCGAAGAAGAACUACAUAGGAGCCGGUAUUGACGUCCCAGCCCCCGACAUUAACACUUCUGGUCGCGAGAUGUCCUGGAUUGUUGAUACCUACAUCAAAACAUUAGGGUCUGGCGACAUAAACGCUGCGGCGUGCGUGACGGGCAAGCCGAUCAACGGCGGCGGCAUCCACGGCCGCGUGCCGGCCACCGGCCGCGGCGUCUUCAUGACCAUCAGCGUGUUCAUACACGAUGAAUACUUCAUGAAGCUCAUCGGACUCGAGCCUGGCUUUAAGGAUAAGACGGCUGUGAUCGAAGGGUACGGUAACGUGGGCAGUUACGCGGCCAUCUACCUGCAGCAGCACGGGGUGAAGGUGGUCGCUGUCUGCGAGUAUGACUGCGCCCUGUGCAACCCUGACGGCAUUGACACCAAGUGUCUGCUGGAUUACAAAGAAUCCAACAAGGGCAGCAUCAAGGGCUACUCGGGCGCGAAGGAGUGCAGCAAGGACAUCAUAUAUUCCAAAUAUGAUAUCCUGGUGGUCGCCGCUAUUGAGAAGACUAUAAAAACCGACGUUGCCAAUAAACUGAACUGCAAGAUUAUAGCGGAAGGAGCCAACGGCCCGACUAUCCCGGCAGCAGAUAAGAUCCUCCAUAAGAAGAACAUCCUAGUGAUCCCUGACCUGCUAGCCAACGCUGGCGGCGUCACCGUCUCCUACUUCGAAUACUUGAAGAACAUAAACCACGUCAGCUUCGGAAAGCUCAGCAUCAAGUUCUGGAGGGACUCCAACACUGCUCUUUUGGACUCUGUGGAGAAGUCGCUGAAGGCUGCGAAUAUCGACGCCCACAUCGAACCAACCCCAAAGUUCCACUCAAUGAUGUGCGGCGCCAAUGAGAAGCACAUCGUCAAUUCUGGCUUGGAAUAUUCCAUGACGAAAGCUUGUCAUAAUGUGAUGCGUGCGUGCAAAGAGCACAAGCUGGGUAUCGACCUGCGGACGUCAGCAUACAUCACUGCCAUAGAGAAGAUAUUUACCACGUACGACGAAAUGGGGCUGGCAUUCUAAUCACCUGCAGCCAUAACAUGGCACCCGCAUAUUGAACAAUCAUUGGAAAAAACGAAUGUAUUGCCUCAUGUAUCGCGUACCACGCGAUAUCCAUGCUCUAUAUGCUACGGGUAUUGGUAUAAUAUUUCUAUUUUAAUCUGAUCUCCCCUUCCUCGCUGGGAUUUUUUUUCUAAGUGGCCGUAAGCCGCUAAAGAAUAAGAGAGAGCGCGCGCGGAUCGUCUGUCUCGCGCGCAUUUACGCGGUAAGUAUGAGAUUGUGUAUGGAGUUACUCUCUGUUGCACCUCCCUCGUUACAUUGGAGAGUUAAUUUUUUUCCCCCACCGUUUUUGUAUUGUUAUUGUGGCGUCCUCUAGUAUUAAAUUAUUCCAUUAUUAUUAUUUUGUUUCAUUAUUUUGAAACACUUAGUUCUAUCUUCCAUUGUUUUCAUUGGAAUUAAAACAUAACUAGGUGAAUCAGAGACUCCAUACCUCC